AAGUCAGACCUUCUGCCAAAUCGGUCAUCAAUACUCAGCAGGACAUGGGAUCCUAAAGCUCUCUCCUUUUCUCUCUCUCGCUCUCCCUCCCCCGCUGCCUGAUAAGAUGCUGAAGCUAUGGAAAUGGUACCAGCACUGCCUAUCUUCUCAUCCAGUCAAGACUCAGAUCAUCAGCUCUGGAAUUCUCUGGGGCAUUGGUGAUAUUGGUGCUCAAUACAUAACUCACUCAACAGCACUCAGACGCCUUAACAAUUCUCAAGAUGUACAACCAGAAUUCAAAGUCAACUGGAAACGUGUAGCUAUCACUAGUCUGUUUGGCUUUGGCUUCGUUGGUCCAGUUGGUCACUUUUGGUAUCAAGGCUUGGACAGGCUUAUAAGAACGAGGCUUCAACUGCAACCAAAGUCCGUGCGAUUUGUUGCUGCUAAAGUGGCAGCUGAUGGCAUAAUCUUUGGCCCAUUUGAUUUGUUUGUGUUCUUCACUUAUAUGGGGUUUUCCACCGGCAAGAAUGCAACUCAAGUGAAGGAAGAUGUGAAGAGGGACUUUCUCCCAGCCUUGAUUUUGGAGGGUGGUGUAUGGCCAAUAGUUCAGAUUGCGAAUUUUCGUUAUGUGCCAGUGAGGUACCAACUCCUCUAUGUCAAUAUGUUCUGCUUGUUAGACAGUGGUUUCUUGUCAUGGAUUGAACAACAAAAUGAUGCCCCUUGGAAGCAGUGGUUCACGUCAUUUCAGCCUUUGAAGGAAAGGGGAGGUCAGGGCAGAUUAUGAUUAUAAUGGUUACCCCCUCAGCUCAUUGUGUCUUUUCUGCUGAGGUUGGAUUGACAAGUUCCAAAUAACUAUUUGUGCAACACCACAAGAAUUACAAACAACCUGAAGUACAUAACAUCAGUUCUAGAAAUUGGGAUUUGGGGAAUGAAUUAAUUGCUUUCCGAUUGUAAAAUUUUGGGCUAAAUUUAGCCCCACAAGUCCCCUAAUGAAAUGGAAAAAACACAAUCAAGCCCUUUAUUUGUCAGGGCAUUUUGUUGCACCUUUAAAACUAUAUAUCCAAGCUCGUCACAUUGCCAAUAUAGGUUAUGAAAGUGGAGCUUAUGGGAUAGGUUUACAAUGGCUUUUGUUUUUAUGCGUGAAAUUGUGAAUAAAUGAAUUUUGAACU